GCGUGUUGGGGUUUAAAAAGUUCUCCAGGCGCUGCUCGGAGAGAACGGACGGGAAGGGGUGAGGAGGCCGGGGAGGCGCAGGGAGCGGAGUCCUGGUCCGAGGGCGCAGAGCUGGUGCUCCUGAGGGCCUGAUGUUGAGAAGGAUCAAAGGUAUAGAGGAGGCCUUCAGAGCAGCACUUGGGGAUUUCCUUAAAUGCAGAGCUGGGAGUGCAACUGUGGGCACUGAAGACGUGAGAGGUACAAUCUACGGAAUGACAUGCACGUUGACAGGAAGCGUGAGCCGAUGGCCCUCGGGCCCUGGUAUUGGAGACUGAAGGGUGAAGCACGAGCCCACGUUUGGCUGCGUCUUGGAGUCCAAGUCUAGAGUCUCCAGGGGAAUUGACUGACAGGGUGGAUGAGACCCUACAUGCCAGGACCAGAGCUUGGAUGAGGUCUCUGUGCCCCCCUGCCUGAUGUUUCUGAGGGCUGAACACAGUGAAUAAAGGGACCCUGAAGAUAGUGACACCUGGCCUGGAAUUCCUCUGAGGACAGUGUGACCUUUCACGAUGUUGCUGUGUACUUCUCCUGGGGGGAAUGGAGGCUCCUGGAUGAGGCUCAGAGACGCCUGUACCUGGAUGUGAUGCUGGAGAACUUUGCGCUCGUAUCCUCUCUGGGUUGUUGCUGUGGAGCAGAGGAUCUGGAGGCUCCCUUUGAACAAAGUGUUUCUGUAGAAGUUCCACCUGCCAGGACUCCCACAGCAGCUCCAUCUUCCCAGAAGACUCACCCCUGCGAGAUGUGUGGUCUGGUCUUGAGAGACAUUUUCUACUUGGCUGAGAAGCAGGGAACACAACACAACCUGAAACUGUUGAGGUGUGGGGCUUGUGCAAAACAAUUUUAUUUUAGUGCAAAGUUUCAACAGCACCAGCAGCGGCACAUGGGAGAGAAACCCUUCAGGAGCAGUGUAGACAUGGCCUCGUUUGUGAAGAGCUGCAAACUCCACGUGUCAGGGAAGCCCUUUCCCUGGGGGGAGGUUGGGAAGGACUUCCUGGCCAGCUUGGGACAUCAGCAGCAACAGACCACUCAUACUGGGGAAAAGCCAAAGAAAAUCACCCAAUGCAGGGCCACUUUACCAGGCAGAAACAGUCAUUACACCUGGAGAGAAUGCAAGAAAGCCUUCAGCCCCAAAUGCACACUUGUUCAGGACCAGGGUGUCUACACUGGAAGACAGUGUUUUGUCUGCCAUGAAUGUGGGAAAGCAUUCAGGUACAAAUCCUCGUUUGUUGUGCACCAGAGAGUCCACCCUGGAGGAACGUUUCAUGUGUGUGGAGAAUGUGGCAGAUCUUUUAUGCAAAGUUCAGCCCUCAGUCAACAUCAAAGAACUCAUACUGAGACAACGCCGUGCAAGUGCAGCAAAUGUGGGAAAUCCUUAAGUGACCAGUCUGUCCUCCUUCAUUUGCAGAGAGGGCACAGUGGAGAAAACAGCUAUGUGUGCAGUGAUUGUGCAAAAUCUGUUAGCCAUAGCUCUGUGUUCAUUCAACACAGGAGAGUUGACGUUGGAGAGAGGCCUUAUAAAUGUAGCGACUGUGUGAAAUCUUUUACCUCCAGCUCUGCCCUCAGUUAUCAUCAGAGAUCUCACACAGGCGAAAGGCCUUAUGAGUGCAGUGAUUGUGGAAAAUCUUUUAUCUCCAGGUCUGUUCUCCGUUAUCAUCAAAGAGUUCAUACUGGAGAAAGGCCUCACGAGUGUAAUGAAUGUGGGAAAUAUUUUAAAAAUAGGUGGACACUCAUUCAACACCAGAGAAUUCACACAGGAGAAAAGCCUUAUGUGUGCAGUGAAUGUGGAAAAUCUUUUACCUUUAGCUCCACCCUCCAGUAUCAUCAGAGAGUUCACACAGGAGAAAGGCCUUAUGUGUGCAGUGAAUGUGGGAAAUCUUUUACCAUUAGCUCUGCCCUCCGUUCGCAUCAGAGAGUUCACACUGGAGAAAGGCCUUAUGUGUGCAGUGAAUGUGGGAAGUCUUUUGCCUUUAGUUCGGGCCUCCAUUAUCAUUGUAGAGUUCAUACUGGAGAAAGAAAUUUUGAGUGCAGUGAAUGUGGGAAAUCCUUUCAGGAUAGAUCACAAUUCAAUAAACACCAGAGAGCGCACACUGGAGGAAGGCCUUAUGAGUGCAAUGAAUGUGGGAAAUCUUUUACCAUUAGCUCUGCUCUUCGUUGUCAUCAGAGAGUUCACACAGGAGAAAGGCCUUAUGAGUGCAGUGAAUGUGGGAAAUCUUUUGCCUUUAGCUCAGGCCUCCGUUAUCAUCGCAGAGUUCACACUGGAGAAAGACCUUUUGAGUGCAGUGAAUGUGGGAAAUCCUUUCAGGAUAGAUCACAAUUUAGUAACCACCAGAGAACUCACACGGGAGAAAGGCCUUAUGAGUGCAAUGAAUGUGGGAAGUCCUUUAGCCAAAGAUCUUCCUUCUCAAUGCACCAGAAAAUUCAUAAUAGAGAAAGGUCUUAUGAGUGCAGUGAAUGUGGGAAAUCUUUUACCUCUUCCUCUGGGCUUGGUUAUCAUCAGAGAGUUCACUCAGGAGAAAGGCCUUAUAAGUGCAGUGAAUGUGGGAAAUCUUUUAUCUUUAGCUCCAAACUCCGUUACCACCAGAGAGUUCAUACAGGAGAAAGGCCUUAUGUAUGCAGUGAAUGUGGGAAAUCUUUUAUGAGUAGUGCCAACCUUUCUUAUCAUCUAAGAGUUCACACAGGAGAAAGGCCUUAUGAAUGCAGUGAGUGUGAGAAAUCUUUUACUUCUAGUUCAGCUCUCCGUUAUCAUCAGAGAGUUCACAGAGGAGAAAGGCCUUAUGAGUGCAGUGAAUGUGGGAAAUCUUUUACCUGUAGCUCCAACCUCCGUUAUCAUCAGAGAGUUCACACUGGAGAAAGACCUUAUGAGUGCACUGAAUGUGGGAAGUAUUUCAUGCAAAAAUUUACCCUCUCUCAACAUCGGAGAGUUCACCAUAGACAAAUGCCUUAGAUGGGCAGGGAAUGUGCAGUUUCUUUUUCAGCGGAAUGACACCAGUGGAAACUCGGUGAGGAGCCAUCUGUUCAAAUUUAUUCUCAUACAUCUAAACAGGCACAGUGGGGAGACUUCCCAUAAAUUUCGGUUAUGUGGGAAGCUUAUGUAAAUAUGUUGCCCUUUCUAACUUAUCCAAGGCUCUUUCUAGAUUUAUGUCACUCCUAGUUUCUGUGGCCACAGCAUUUCACCUGUACCUCCCGGCAGGUCCACACAGUGUGCGUCAGUCACCACCCCAGUGUGCUCAGGGAAGCUGACCUCUGUUCUCCCAUGUAUUAGAGCAAGUUAGGAGUCACCUGAGCCCUCAGGGGUCAGCUUUCCCUCUGCCUUGACUACCUUGCUCAUGGACCUGGGUCACUGUUGGCCCAAAGAAUACCAUGAGUUGGGCCGGCAACUUGCAGAGAAUGACUGACUUUUUCAGGACGUGUAGUUGCAUGUGAUACUUGGGAUGAAUUGUUUCAGCUUCCAAGUCACAAACUCCAGCUGCCUGCUGCACAUUGCUUUGUCUUGUACAAUAUUGAAGCCUUUUAGUUUACAUCCUCUUCAAUCUUAGGUGUUCUGUUUACUCUGUGGGGUAUUUCAUAAACAAAUUCAGACUCUACAAGCAUGAAGGGGUGAACAAGUUUUAAGGGGUCUCAAACUUUGAGGAGAGACCGUAUGAUGGCAGAAAAUAACGUGCCACUUUUGAGUAAAUUUCCGUUGCUCCCACAGCCUCCUAGGAAAGACUGCAGGGCUUUCUGGUCCUCAUUUGAGGCCUGAAUGCUGUGAUUCAGGAGUCUCAGUGAUGACCCUGAUGAGAGGAUUGGUGUGAGAACCUCAAGUGCAUCUGAGGGCAACGUGAUUUUUUUUGCUUCCUCAUAGGAGGUCUCACAGGGGACGUCAGCACUGUGGAGGGGAUAUCUUCCCCAGAUCUACGAAGGGCCAUUUGGCCUGGUGUCCACAGUUCAUUGGGUGAGGGUCAUUGGUUGUAAGACCAUUGGGUCCAGGGGAACCGUAAUUGGUAGAGAAACACUGGCUUAGCAAGGAGUGGAGGAAACUGCAGCCAGCUAGAUGGAAUAUGCCUCUUCUGAAAGUGCAUCCAGAAGUGGUUCUGUGACAGUGACUGUGCAGCAUCAGUUUGUACACAAAUCUCAGGAUCUCUAGGCAAGUUUAUCUUGUGUAGCUGAAGUCACUGCCUGAGAAUUUAAUAAAAAUAAUUGAAAAGCUUUGUGGAUUUCUGUAGCCUCUCAGUGAUGUUCACUUGAAGGCCAUUACUGCAUAGGCAAGAAAAAGAGAAAAAGGGGAUCUGAGGCUGAGUGAUGUGGCUCUUGUGACCCAGGCAGUGUUCCUGUUGACUUGGGUGGCAGUAUCCUUAAUUGUUGCCCACAUUUGCUGCCACUGAAGGAAGACUGACCCCCAGAGGGUACAAGGAAAGAGUGGGUGGAGUCACUAUUGUGUUGCUAGUGCAGUUGAGUUAAUUUUGACUCCUAGAAACCCUGUGUAUAGCAGAUCAGAAUCCGGCCCAGUGUUUUUACCCAUCCUCUCACUUUUCUGCAGUAUAUCAAACAGGACUUCUCUGCUAUUCAUCGGGUUUUUGUGGCCAAUUUUUUUGGAAGUGGGUGACCAGGUCCUUCUUUCUAGUCUAUCUGGAAGCUCCGCUGAACCCUGUACCACCUUGGGUGACCCUGCUGGUAUGUGAAAUACUGGUGGCAUAGCUUUCUGCAUCACAGCAACAUACAGCCACCAAAGUAUGACAACCGACAGACUGGUGGGGUUCCCUGACGUGGUACGAACCCAGCCCAGCAAUGAGAGCUCUGACUCUUAACUGCUAGACCACCACGAUGUAGGGUUGUAAACUUACUUUCCAAAAAGUGUGGGACAUAGGGAUUUCUCUUGAGCCAAUUUUUAAGAUUAUUGUGUAACUUACAUGGACUGCUUAUAUUUAAAGUGUACAGUUUGCUAAGUUUUGACAUAGGUGUGAACCUCUGAAACCAUCAUCAUAGUCCUGAGGAUGACUUUUUUUGUCUCGGUAUAUUUACCUCACAUCCUAUCAUAAUCUCUCCUCGACCUUCCCACCUCUCCAGCUACCCAUUCACUUACUUUCCUUACAGUAGAUACCUUUGCAUUUCCUUGAAUUUAUGAUUAGAAUCAUAAACUGUUUAUUCUAUUGUUUUUUCUGAUUUCGUUUGUUUCAUAAUUAGAGAUUCACCAAUGAUACUAUAUGAGUAGCUCAUCUUUUCUUUUGCUGAGUAAUAUUCUUAUAUUUUCAUAUACCCCUGUUUAUCCAUUCAGCGGGCUUUUUGGUUAUUUCUAGAUUUUGACUAAUGAAAAUAAAGGUGUUACAGACAUUUGUGUAA